AUGGGGAUUCGAUGUUGUACCAACGGCCAUCUCAUUCUAAUUGAAAUCUAUAAUGAGGAAGAAAUAGUUGAAUGGAGAAUCUUGCAGAAGAAGCAGAAACAAAAGGUGAGAAGAAUUCUAUGUAAAGCAGCCAUAAAGAUUCAGGCCUGGUGGCGUGGCACCCUGGUGCGCCGGACACUGUUGCAUGCAGCCCUCAGGACCUGGAUGAUUCAGUGCUGGUGGCGGACAACGCUGUUGAGGCUGCUGAAGAAGAGGCGGCAGGCAGCUCUGGUUGCCUAUGCAACCAGAGAGAGGGCAGUGAUCAAGCUCCAAUCUUUGGUCCGUAUGUGGCGCAUCUACUGGCGAUACUGCCAGGUGCUCAACGCCAUCUACAGCAUCCAGUGCCACUGGCAAUGCCACAAUUGCCAGACUUGCGCUCUCCUCCGGGGCCACUGUGUGGUCACAGCCACUCACCUGCAGUUCCACAUCGAGAUCAUCAACUCCUAAGGACUAGCAAUAAAGGACAAUGUGUCUUUUGUCCUCACUAAAGUUUUGAUUUGGU